CCUUCUUGUUAUUUAGUCAGUUCUCACCAUUUUAUGGAUCCACAAUGUGGUUAAGACUUGAAUAUUCUCAGAUAUUUAGCCUACCCACCACAUAUUGUUAAAAUCUGACGUUGGCAUCUACAAGAAAAAAGGAGUUUAGUUGCAUCACGAUGAAGGCAUUCAUUCUUGUUGGAGGGUUCGGGACUCGGUUAAGACCAUUGACUCUCAGUUUACCAAAGCCGCUUGUUGAUUUUGCUAAUAAACCCAUAAUCAUCCAUCAGAUAGAGGCUCUUAAGGCUGUUGGAGUUGAUGAAGUGGUUUUGACAGUCAAUUACCAAGCAGAGGUGAUGCUUAACUUCUUGAAGGGCGUUGAGGCAAAUCUUAAAAUCAAAAUCACUUGCUUACGGGAGACUGAGUCUAUAGGUAUGGCUGGUCCUCUGGCACUAGCGAGAGACAAACUGGUUGACGGAUCUGGAGAACCUUUCUUUGUCCUUAGCAGUGAUGUGAUUAGUGAGUAUCCAUUCAAAGAAAUGAUUGAGUUUCAUAAAGCUCAUGGUGGGGAAGCCUCCAUAAUGGUGACAAAGGUUGAUGAACCGUCGAAAUAUGGAGUUGUGGUCAUGGAAGAAACUACAGGAAAAGUGGAGAAGUUUGUCGAAAAGCCAAAACUCUAUGUAGGCAACAAGAUCAACGCUGGGAUUUAUCUUCUGAACCCGUCGGUUGUUGACAAGAUUGAGCUAAGACCAACCUCAAUCGAGAAAGAGACAUUCCCCAAGAUUGCAGCAGCUCAAGGGUUCUAUGCAAUGGUACUACCAGGUUUUUGGAUGGACAUUGGGCAACCACGUGACUACAUAACGGGUCUGAGACUCUACUUAGACUCCCUAAGAAAGAAAUGUCCUGCCAAGUUAACAACCGGUGCAGACAUUGUUGGGAAUGUUCUAGUGGAUGAGACAGCUAAGAUUGGAGAAGGAUGUUUGAUAGGACCAGAUGUAGCCAUUGGUCCAGGGUGUAUUGUUGAGUCAGGGGUUAGGCUCUCACGUUGCACGGUAAUGCGUGGGGCACGCAUCAAGAAGCAUGCAUGUAUCUCGAGCAGUAUCAUAGGGUGGCACUCAACGGUUGGACAGUGGGCUAGGAUUGAGAACAUGACGAUCCUUGGGGAAGAUGUUCAUGUGAGAGAUGAGAUAUAUAGCAAUGGAGGAGUUGUUUUGCCACACAAGGAGAUUAAAUCCAACAUCUUGAUGCCAGGGAUAGUGAUGUGACAAAAUGUGAUAUAUGUCCAUGUUGGAAUUUUUUUUUUAUGUCAUUUUUUUUUCAUCUUUGUGCUUUCGGUAUAUUAUUACUAGCUUGAAUAGAAGUAAAAACAAAAUGCUGUAAAUCUUGUUUAGUGUUAAAGUCAUUUGGUGUUCUGUAACUUAUCAAAAACAACUGUAUCAAUUAUCUUUUCAGUAUUUAUUAUGAGUUUUCUCA